CGUUACCUAAAGUGAAAAAGCGAACAAUCACCUCCAACGUACCACCCAUAAUCAAGUCGCAGAUAUGUCUUAUCGGUGGCGCACGUAAUCGCGGAACCUCACAGGGAGCGAUUUAUUAUUCAACUGCAUUCAGGUUCCGGUGUAUCAGAGUAGCAGCCGAAAAUGUUUCGAUACAAUGCUUUGAGCCACGAAGAGGUGAAACGCUUCGAAACACCAUCCACUAGAAAUUACACUGAAGUGCACCUGGAAGAUCUUUCGGUCAACCCUUCCGGAGACCCAUCAUGGCAACCGGUUCACUGCGUCAUGCCAUCGCGGUACCGAAUGUUUGCGGAAUACAUCCGUGAUCUGACGGUUUAUGAGGACGACGUGUGGAUAGUGACCUUCCCUAAGGCGGGCACUACGUGGACACAAGAAAUGGUUUGGUUGGUUCAUCAAGACUUGGAUUACAAGAAGGCUGCAUCCAUCAAUUUGAACGAUCGAUCCGUUUUCAUGGAAAUAUCCGCAAUCCUUAAUGUUAUUAAAUUCCCGGACACAAUUGGUAUAGUUGAAAAGAUGCCCCGGCCUCGUCACAUCAAAAGCCAUCUGCCACUAGCCCUACUUCCCAAGCAGCUUUGGACGGUUAAGCCAAAAAUUGUAUACACCGCAAGAAACCCGAUGGAUGUCACCACGUCGUACAUGCACCAUUACAAGUUUAUAAAUGGAUUCCGGGGUCCUCGUGAAGAUUACUUAGAUGGAAUCAUGGCGGACCAACUGAUCUACUGCCCUCAAAUCAAACACGCCACAGACUUCUGGGCGUUAGCCGACCGAGACCAUGUGCUUUUCCUGCACUUCGAAGACAUGAAGAGGAAGAUGCCGGAGGUUCUUCUGAAGGUUUGUGCCUUUUUCGGAAAAAGCUACAGCCCCAGUCAAUUGGAGGAGUUGGAGCACCAUUUGAAGUUCGACACCAUGAAAGAAAAUAAAUCAGCCAACAACGAAGCGAUGAUGACGGAGAUUCAAAUGAUGACAGGUGUACCAAACGACUUCAAAUUUAUGCGAAAGGGUCAAGUUGGAGGCUACAAAGAUGAACUGCCAGCCGAGUUUAUUGAAAAAUUCAGUGUUUUCGUGGAGCAGCAACUGAAGGGAUCGGAUUUUAGAUAUAGAGAAUGAAUGAUUUGAUUUUUAAAAACCAACGAAAAACUUUUUUUGUAUGUUUCAUGCAAUUUAAUUCUGCAGAAAAUUUCUUGAAUUUGAAGCCUUAAUUUAAAGUUUGCAAAAGACAUGCAUGACGAAAACAAAAAUAUUACUUGCCACAACAAAAAUAUCUGUUUUUAACCCAUAUUUUCUGCGCGAUUUAUAAACUUUCAAUUUGAAAAGUGUAUCCAGAGUAACUAAACAGAGAACUUUAAAUUCACUUCACGUUGCUUACAUACUUGCAUUUAUCAUUAGAAACAUAAGACUUAUAAAAUACAAAGUGAGUGUACUAAGACCGAUACAAAUAUUUUUUUAAUAUGUCUUUCCCCUCAGAGCUCUUGUAAUUGGAAAUGUU